UAAAUAUAUAAGGCAUUCCAAUUUUUUCCUUUUCUUGAAGUUUUAUCGAAUAUAAAAUGGAAGCUUAGACUGAUGAAUAGGCGGACAGCGCACUGAUUGGUCCGUUGUUUUUGCACCAACCAAUUGGCCAGGACAUUAGCGAGUCCACCCGGCGAAGUCCCCGCCCACACGCGAUGUCUAUGCAAAUAUAGUGGCGACGCUUCCAACAGGACAAACGAGUAGAGCACAGGACAGGCUUUCGUCCGUCAGAGGGAGUCCACUGGCUUAGUUUUAGAACUUUGUAGUUUGUUUGUUUUUUUCUUUUUUUUUUAUAUAUAUCUUUCCCCCCGGUACGUGAGCACUUGGAAGCGUCGGUGUGAACUUUUCUAUUUGUAAUUUUCUGCGGGGGUUCAGUUCCUCAGUGCUGAUUGAGUAAAUCCUUCUCUCUCCCGAGACGCGGCGGCUCCGUGUUCCCGAGUUGAUGCAUUUCUUCACUGGGUGUAGUGUGCUCCAUGGACUAAAGUGUAUAGGCGAAGAGCGUUUAUCUUGUCCAGACUUCGUGUAUAAAGGCCUCUAAGGUUUGCAUUGUGUGAACGACGGGAAAAAAAAAAAGAAAAGAAAAAUGUUGUGGAAGUUGGCAGAUAACGUGAAGUACGAGGAGGAUUGCGAGCAGGAGAGGCACGAUGGCAACAGCAAUGGAAAUUCACGUCUACCGCAUCAUCCAGUGGUUAGUCAGCCCCUCUACAGUCCAGCACCUUCUCUGUCACACUCAACCGGCUCUGACUUUCAACCACCAUACUUCCCUCCUCCCUACCAACCACUACCAUACACCCAGCCGAACGACCCGUACUCUCAUCUAGGCGAUCCAUUCAACAUCAAUUCUAUUCACCAGUCCCCGACGUCUAAUCAGCAACAGCCAUGGCUUGGUCGUCAAAACCAAGAUGGGAUCGGAACACAUGCCCGCAGUGGAUUUGCCACUCAGAUUCUAGGCUUAGACAGUGGAUCAUCGAGUGUUCGUAGGGAUGGCAUCCGACGGCCAGACUUGCUACCUCCACAUGUCCAUGGACUUGAGUCAACAAUGGGCGAGAAUAUGGGACUGCAUGAAAUGGGGCAAGGACUUGAUGAUGUCCAACAUGUGGAUGACCACAGUAUUGUAAUUGCUGACCAGACAGUCAUCAAGAAAGGACCGUUGACUCAUCCUAAGGGCAACCCCAUAGGUGUUCCUUUCCAGAGGGAGUCCCUGCUGGGCAUGGUUUCCAAUCCCACAGAAGUGUUCUGUUCUGUCCCCGGUCGACUCUCUCUGCUCAGCUCCACCUCUAAGUACAAAGUGACUGUAGCCGAGGUUCAGAGACGGUUAUCCCCACCUGAGUGUCUCAACGCCUCCCUGCUUGGUGGGGUACUACGCAGGGCUAAAUCAAAGAAUGGUGGGAGAUCACUCAGAGAGAAGUUGGAUAAGAUUGGGCUAAACUUGCCAGCAGGUCGCAGGAAGGCGGCGAACGUCACUUUGCUAACAGCGCUUGUAGAAGGUGAGGCUGUACACCUGGCCCGAGACUUUGGUUAUGUCUGUGAGACAGAGUUUCCAGCUAAGGCGGUGGCUGAAUAUUUGGGAAGACCCCAUGUUGAACGUAACGAGAUCAACACGCGCAAGAACAUGCUUCUGGCUGCCAAGCAAAUAUGCAAGGAGUUCACAGACCUCCUGACCCAGGAUCGCAGUCCACUGGGCAACUCACGACCAGUUCCCAUCCUGGACCCAGGCAUCCAAGGCUGCUUGACCCACUUCAGUCUAAUCACACACGGCUUUGGCUCACCAGCCAUCUGCGCUGCCAUGACCUCCCUGCAAAACUACCUCAAUGAGGCUCUGAAGCAGGUGGACAAAAUGUACCUUAAUGCACCUGGAGAUUCCUCACAAAGCUCCUCAGAUGGAAGCAGUAAAACUAUGGACAAGAUGGACAAGCACAGGAAGUGACGUGUCCAAGAUGUGAUGGAACAUUCUAACAUUCUUUGGACCACAGAGCGAGCGGUGUCUCAUCACCUUCACAGAGUGGCUCGGUAUUCCUUUUUGCAUAUUUUGGUCUUCCACAGAGGUUUUCCUUUUUGUUCCUCUGAGUAACAUCUCCAACAGCAUCUCUAGACAUAUGCUCAGCCAAAAAGAAAUGGAGGGAGCAUUUUUUCCUUUUUUUUUUUUUAACCAGAUACCAUUUCAAGAGUUCAUAUGUGGAUUUUAGCUUUUUGUUGUUUUUUCAUGAAGAGGAAGUCCCAAAUUUUGUAUGCCAUCUUCUUUGGUGCUGACCCUCUAUACAACAUGCAGAGGACAUGUGAUCCACUUUGAGAGAAUAAGUAGCUUUUUGCUUGACUUCAUUUGGAUGCAGUGUUAUUAUACUUCUGUCUGUGGGAGUAUUGUUCACAUGAAUGAGUGUUAUGUAUGUCUCUAUUCUCUUCAACUAAGUUUAGAUAUAAAUGUCCCUAAAGGCACUGAAAUAUUUGUCAAGUGACAAUUUGGGCUAAAUACAAUAAGUUCUUUUAGGGGUGUUUUUUUUAGUGUCUUUAUUAGCUUUACACCAAAAGUUCACCGAUUAAGAUCACAAUGUUGAACAAAUAUGCCCCAGUUAAGAACACUGGCCACCUGCAUAAUCUUUUUAUCCAUAUCCAACAGUUUUCCUUGAUGAUCAGAUAAAUGCAUGUGUGUUUUGUGUGAUAUUAUACAUGUUUUCUGUAAAUACAGUAUGUCUUUUUAUACUUUUAGAUUAAAUGGACUAGAAAAUUUGCCUCCACUUAUCUUGCCCUAAAUGUAAAUAUUUUCUAAUUUAUGUUGUAAUUUAAUGGGAUUUGUAAAUACUGGUACAAUUCUGGUGUAUGGUUUUGCUUUCGAAAAAAGACGUCUUAAUCUUUCUAUAAAUAGAUUAGUUUUUUAUCAUAUAGUCGUUAAGCCUUGGGGAUUGUUUUCUUUUCAUAUAUGUGUAAAAGCCUUUUAAAGCUUUAGGAUAAAGAAGAAUAAAAAGACAUCACUGUU